UUUGAGGAAGACAAGUAGAAAAACUAUAAUAAAACUGGAACCGAUCAUUUUGAUACUAUUUGUACAACUAGGGUUUUCUGAUAAAAACGACUGAAGUAUGUGGAGUAUAAGUUAAUAGUAAAUAAACAGGAUCAUUUUCCAGGAUGUCUUUUUUUGCAAAGCGCAAAAGGAAAUCUUGGGAUACAAAGUUUGUCAUUUUCCCAGAGGACACUGAAGCUGGAUUCAGAAACCUGGGAAGCGAGCCAAAAAAUCUCUCUUCAUCCUUUUCCAAAGCCUGGAAGACGUGUGGGAAGGGUUUCCAAGUCGCUACACCUACCUUGAAAUGUGUUUCAUCUGGGAAAAGGUUAAGAUCAGUGAGACAAUUGGCACGAUCUUUGCUUUCUGCAAAAGAAAAAAAUGAAUUGGAGACACCGCAAGAACCAGCUGACAUCGUGUGGAGCUCCAGCGAGAGCGACUGGUCAGAUGAGGAGACCAAGUGUGUUCCCUCCAAGCCUCGGGCAGGCAGCAGACCUGGGAUACAUAAGCAAACGAUCCUCAACUCCUACAGCAGAUACCUGAACAUGCUGGAUACAGUAACAGCCGAUCAUGGUGGCAGUGAUGAUGAACGACAUGUUAUUGAUUGGGAGAAUGCUAGUGACCAAGAGGAAGGAGAGAGUGUGGCAGAAAUUUCCGAUGCAGAAUCCACCUGUGAGGACAGUGCUGUCCAGAAACGGCAGGAGCAAGAACCUACUCUGGGACCUGAUGCAGAGAUUUCAGAGUAUUCUACAGAUGGAGAAGGUGUGGAGAGCGAGUCCCUUACUGCUGUUAGUUCAUUGGUGGCCAAAGCAGAGCAGAGCCAGAGUACUGGGAGGCUCGCGAGUGACUGGAUUAAAUCAGCUCAGGCUCUUCUGCAGACACCUCAGAAACAGACAGACAGAAAGUUCAAGACCCCGGAAGAUUCUGCCAAAAAGAGGACCAAAUUCCUAAGGGGAGGCCUUGCAGAGCGCUUGAAUCGUCUGCAGUGCCGAGAGAGGUCUGCCAUUAGUUUUUGGAGACAUCAGUGCAUUUCAGAUUAUAAAACUCCAGCAGCUGGGAAAUCUGGAGUUCUGAUUUUGAAGAUCUUGAAGAUCCAGGAGGAGUGCUCUACACAAGUUGCCCUCUGCCAGCAGAUAGAGCAGUCAGCAGGCACCAGUGCAAAAAAUACCCCCUGCUCUACCAGGGAAACCCAGCUGAAGGUCCUGUUCACCAAGGACACAGCGUCUCAUCUGAAGCCAGGACCAGGAGACAUUGUGCAUGUUUACCCUCCCUGGCAGAAGCUGGUCAUUUAUGGCGAACAGUGUCCUGUUAUUCUAAACACCCACUUCAGUCAGAAGGUUCUUUCAAAAGACAGUGUAGAAAACAGGCCCAACUCCCGAGAGAAGUCCCUGACCAAGAAAGCCACUCCGCCAUCUUUAGCUCAAAUAUUCAACUUGACGGAGACAAACAGAAAUGCAUCUAACGUAGAUAUUUUGGCUCAGCAGGGUACCUCAAACUCCAAGGUGACAGCACUGAACUUGCAGAGGGACACCCGGGGCUCAGAGGACAGUGUUUGCGACUCUCUGCUGGAAGUGAUUGAGAGCCAGGCAGCGGUUGGUUGGACUGGGGUGGAAGUGAAGGUUGUGGUGCAGAGAGUGUACUGCCUCCCUCUCGGAGAGCUUCCAUCCCAGCCACUGAUCAGAAACAGCACAAUUCGACGAGCCCAGGCUUUCAGCUCCGAGCAGCACAACGCCAGACUUUGCCUUCUGGUGCAAGAUGUGUAUGGGAUUUUCAGUGAGGUCCAACUCCAUUCCUUCUGCUCCUCAAAAGAAAAGCUCCAGCAGGACAGUGAGAAAUGGGAGGGUAGAUCCUGCUACCUGAAGGGCAUGAAGGUGCUGCAGAGGACAACGCGAGGGAGGUCUGCUGGGCUCUUUAACCUGAUUGACAGUCUGUGGCCUCCGUUGGUACCUUUGAAAGUGCAUGGAAAAAGCCAGGAGAGUCAGAGGGAGGAUGACAUGGUUCUCCUUGCUCCCAGUUUCUGUUACAUCCUUGCUGCCUGUACAGAGAAGGGCAGUGUGCAGGUGCUGCAGGAAGAAACUGUAUCCGAUCUCUACCUGCCUCCAGUUGUGCAUCACCUCCGAGAGAUCUUUCAGGGAGUCCCUGGCAGACAUCGUUGUAGUUUCAGUGCAACUGUUGUAUAUAAGAGGCUGCAGAAUGAAGACCCAGUGCAGAGCGAGUUCUGGUUGUUUGUGACAGAUGCGGGGCUGCAGUCCGAGAUUGAACACGGUCCUGGAAUUCCCAGAGUGGUGCCAGUCUGUGUGACCACUUCCUGUGUGCUCCAUCCUGCGAUUGUAAAUGCAUUGAAAAGUGACACAUCCUGUCACCUCACCUUUACCUUCAAGGAUGCAGUAAGGGAGCAUGGUUCCAUUCUUUGUGUUGAACGCACAGUGCUGAAGCUGGAGCCACAGCCUUUGCUGACUUAUCCUGUCAAACUGGAUGAACUGGAUCCAACAACUAAUAUCAACUCUCUCUGCUCUGUGAAAGGAACCAUUGUUGGGGUUGACGAGGACACUGCAUAUUCCUGGCCAGCCUGUGACCAUUGUGGGAAUGAAAAGCUAGAGGCAGCACAUGAAGAACAGCAAGGACUUUUCUGUAGCUUGUGUGUCAGGACAGUGAGUAGACCAACAGUGAAAAUGCAACUUGAAGUAUUCCUACACAGUGUGUCACACCCUGAGUGCACUGUGAAAAUAAAGCUACAACAGGAAACUAUUGCAUCCCUUCUGACAUCUGCCACCAGUGACAGUGAGGGUUACGAGGUGGAGAAUGUGCUUGGUCAGGAAGUGAGCCCCCUGAGCUGUUACGUUCGUCUUAUAGCAAGGAAGCCAGCCAUCUGGAUGGGUCUGGAAGAAAUCAGCCUCUGAGGAGAAGCAACGAAGGAAGUGGAACUGGGUUCCAGUCCUAUAUAAUAAAACUUUCUAACACUGCAAAAAAAAAAAAAUAAAAAAAAAACUCUAACAGAAAAUAGUUUUCUUGGGAUUUUGUGAUAUAGGCUUCUGUCUUUGUGACUGUAUUGCUUAAACCUUGACACAUGGACAUAUUAAUGUUAUCUCAAUUUUGACAAAGAGGGGACAAUUGUAUGUUUAUGCUCUUUUAAAUAUCUUGUUUAAGACCAUUUGUAAAUACUCUGAAGCAAGCUAUUUCAGUGUUAUUUACUUAGACAGUUUUAAAUAAGGAUUUAGCUUGGAGGUUUUAAAACAACCUAUUUAAUGUAAACCUACUUCAAGAUUGUCAUUGGCUCAGCUGUGGAAAUGCAAAGCAGUCUAAUUCUGCGAUACAAAUUAUUAUUUUAAAGACUUUGUCAGUGGUUUGGAUUUAUAAAUUACCUCCACAUACUCCAAAGGUGUUAACACCACAUUCACAAAUAGUUGCAUUCAUGUUAACCCCACUGCACCUGAAAGCUCAGUCCCCUAUUUAUUGUAUGUAUGAAUGUCUGGGGUCCAAGUUAACCCAGAUGUUGUGAGGAAGGAUCAAUCUCAAGUGUUCUUCCAUGGUUCCUUUUGCUGAUCUCUGGUAAGCCGAUCUACAUGUGCAGGAGUCCACAGAAAGAAGGAAAGCAAAACCACAAUCCAUGAACGUUACAUUUGUUAAAUAUAUGAAUUUGUUUGUAAACUAUUUUCUGAAAAAUAUG